CACAACCUCACCCUGUUCGUGUCACAACAUUUGAACUUAGCCCUAACCUCGACCUCGUGCAACCGCUCCCAUCAAUAUUACUUUGCUGGACGCACUCUUAUACCCUCAAAAGUCGGGAAUUGGAAAACGUCCACCAAAAGUCAACAACCAUGGGCCGGCUUUCUUUUCUCGUCUGCCUCGCCAAUGCAUUCUCUAUGGUCCUUGCUGUGGCCGUGGCAGCCGGUGAGGAUGCAUUGUACGUCUGUGGUGCCAAGGGCGUUUCAGUUCGCCUGCCGCCAGAUCUCGAGGGGUACGCAAGCGACCAGCAAUCCAGGGCCUGGCAACCGCCUCCUCGGGGGUUCUACUUCAAGCCGUGGAACAUGAUCUACGCAACCCACGCCGCCAAUCUUGCUCUUCGAAACUUCCAGUACGACCCGUCGCUCGUCGACGACAGCCAGCCGAACGGAGACAUCAACGAUCUGAGCUCGUUCCAGAUUCCAGGCAAUGACACUGUCUUCACGACAUAUGGCGUCGACACCCGUCUCACGCUCAGUGCCGACCGCCUCAAGUUCUCAGGCACCGGUAUCAUCACUGGCGCCUACUCAACUUACAACCUCCUCGCGUGGGGCUGCGACGAGAAUCGGCUCCCCUACUACGCCAACUACGCCACUGCCACGGAGCUGACCGGCACCCCGGCUGGCAUCGACAUUAUGAGCAUCGAAGACACGGGAAUGGACGACAAGACCUUUGCAGCGAUUCGCGAUGCGCUCGUCAAGCUUGGGAAUGCGGAGAUUACGGAGAUGGCGAGGAAUCUGACCAAGACAAACCAGGAUGGUGCUCGCAGGAACCUAGAUCGCAUUACCACUUGCGAUGACUACUGCAAGACCAAUCAGAAUAUGAGGGAGAUCAUUGGUGCGUGA